CUAAAAUAAAAUGUAAUUAGCCCCCCAACUGUCCAACAUACACAGUUUUCUCUACUUUACUACUUUACUGAAACACUGUUCUUUAAAAACAGAAACAGGGUUUCGAUCAUUCAUCCCUUUUACAAACUAGAAGGUUUCCCUUCAUAUUUGCCUGAGGUUGGGUGUUCCUGUUCCUCGAUUCAGCCUCUGCUGCGUUAAUGGCUUGGGAAGUGAUUCUGUGGGUCAUCUUCUUUAUACUGAACAUAGCCCUCAUCGCCGCUAAUCUAUAUCAGAUUGUGUGCCUAACAGAUUUGGAAGCUGACUACAUGAACCCAUAUGACUCAUCAUCUCGCAUUAAUGCUGUGGUAAUUCCCGAGAUUUUGAUCCAUGGUAUAUUUUGUGGUCUUUUUCUUGUAACAGGGCAUUGGUUCAUGUUCAUAUUUACACUCCCCAUUACUAUAUAUAGUGCCAUGUUAUACUCAAAAAGACGACAUCUUAUUGAUGUAACUGAAGUUUUUAGAUCCAUUGAUGCUGAAAAGAAGUACCGAAUUGUGAAGCUUGCUUUUUAUUUGCUUCUAUUUGUUCUAAUCAUUAUCAGGUUGGUAAUAGAGGUUGUGAACAAUUUGAUAGAUGAUGAUGAAGAAGGUGUACAUUUAUUUGGAAUGUUUUGAUUUUUUUGGUUAUGUUGAUUCUUGGAUUUGUAACAUUAGUUGUAAUUUUUAUGGGGGCAGAGUGUGGUUCCUAAAUGAUCCUUUCAGGUUUUUUGUAAGAUUUUAGUAAUGUUUGUUUGUUGCUAAGAUACAACAAAGUGGAUUCCAUCGAGUUUAACUUUCAUUUGUUUAAUCUAAUUAUUAAAAAAUAGUCAAAUGGGU